CCGCCGGAAGUGGUGGAGUGCGGCGACCGGAGGACGUGGGUGAGGAAGCUCGAAGUUCCUUUCUGGUGGUACUAGGGCUUUCGCCGACGUAGUGUAUCGUGACGGUGAGGCCUUUGCGGACUUCGGCGCGGUCUGCACCGGCGACUCUCAGCACCUGGCGGGAAAAAGCCGACCUCCGAGAAUAACAGAGGAUCAACAUGUUGUCCAACUUGAGGAAAUUUGUAGUCAGUCAUAAGAAAAUACCCAUCCUGCACGUUAAUAAUAUGUGUUGCUCUAAAAUGAGAUCAAGUUUACAAAGACUAAAGCCACAUGUGCCUCUUGGAAGAAACUACAGUUCUCUACCAGGUUUGAUAGGAAAUGAUAUCAAAUCCCUUCAUUCUGUCAUCAAUCCUCCCAUAGCUAAAAUCCGAAAUAUUGGAAUUAUGGCUCAUAUUGAUGCAGGCAAAACUACCACCACAGAAAGAAUAUUGUACUAUUCUGGAUACACAAGAUCGCUGGGAGAUGUUGAUGAUGGAGAUACAGUGACAGAUUUCAUGGCUCAAGAGCGAGAAAGGGGCAUUACUAUUCAGUCUGCUGCUGUUACGUUUGAUUGGAAGGGAUAUAGAGUCAAUUUAAUUGAUACACCAGGUCAUGUAGACUUUACCUUGGAGGUUGAGCGCUGCCUUAGAGUGUUGGAUGGUGCAGUAGCUGUGUUUGAUGCCUCUGCUGGUGUAGAGGCCCAGACUCUCACAGUAUGGAGGCAAGCUGAUAAACACAAGAUACCUCGAAUCUGUUUUUUAAACAAAAUGGACAAAACUGGAGCAAGUUUUAAAUAUGCGGUUGAAAGCAUCAGAGAGAAGUUGAAGGCAAAGCCAUUACUUUUACAGUUACCACUUGGUGAAGGCAAAGCUUUCAAAGGAGUUGUGGAUGUAGUAAAUAAAGAAAAACUUCUUUGGAAUCCUAAUUCAGAUGAUGGAAAAGACUUUGUGAGGAAUCCCCUUUUGGAAAUGAGUGAUCCUGAGUUGCUUAAGGAGACAACUGAAGCAAGGAAUGCCUUAAUUGAACAGGUUGCAGAUUUGGAUGAUGAAUUUGCCGACUUGGUUUUAGGAGAAUUUAGUGAAAAUUUUGAUUUGCUACCAGCUGAAAAGCUCCAGACUGCAAUUCGCAGAGUAACACUGGCUCAGACAGCAGUGCCUGUGCUUUGUGGAAGUGCCCUGAAAAACAAAGGUGUCCAGCCCUUGUUGGAUGCUGUUACUGUGUACUUGCCUUCACCUGAAGAGCGCAACUAUGAAUUUCUGCCAUGGUAUAAGGGUGACUUAUGUGCACUGGCAUUUAAAGUUCUUCAUGACAAGCAGCGAGGACCACUGGUGUUUAUGCGCAUUUACUCAGGCAUGAUAAAACCCCAAUUGGCCAUCUAUAAUAUUAAUGGAAACUGCACGGAGAGAAUAAGUCGUCUUCUUUUGCCAUUUGCUGACCAACAUAUAGAAAUCCCUUCACUGACUGCUGGUAACAUUGCUUUGACUGUUGGCCUUAAACACACCGCCACAGGAGACACCAUUGCCUCAUCCAAGUCCAGUGCAUUAGCUGCAGCUCGUCGAGCCGAAACAGAAGGAGGAAAAAAACAUAGACGGAACAAUGAAGCCGAAAGACUUCUUCUGGCUGGGGUGGAGAUUCCAGAACCUGUUUUCUUCUGUACCAUAGAACCCCCUUCGGUGGCUAAGCAGCCAGAUUUGGAUUAUGCAUUGAAAUGCCUUCAACGUGAAGAUCCCAGUUUGAAAGUGAAGCUAGAUGCUGAUUCUGGACAGACUGUCUUAUGUGGUAUGGGGGAGUUACAUAUUGAGAUUAUUCAUGACCGAAUCAAGAGAGAAUAUGGAUUGGAAACCUAUCUAGGGCCUCUCCAGGUGGCAUACCGAGAGACUAUUCUAAAUGCAGUUCGUGCCACAGAUACCUUAGAUAGAACAUUAGGAGACAAACGGCAUCUUGUGACUGUAGAACUGGAAGUAAAACCGGUUGAAACAGCCUCUGUUAUGCCAGUUAUCGAGUAUGCUGGAAGUGUUAGUGAAGACCUUCCGACGGCUUCCCAAGAGGCCAUUGAAAAUGGGAUUCACAGUGCAUGCCUCCAAGGACCAUUGCUUGGAUCCCCAGUCCAAGAUGUGGCAGUUGCUGUACAUUCACUGAUAAUUCAUCCUGGUACCUCCACAACUAUGAUUUCUGCCUGUGUCUCCAGAUGCAUACAAAAGGCUCUGAAGAAGGCUGAUAAGCAAGUUUUAGAGCCCCUGAUGAAGCUCGAGGUUACAGUCACUAGAGAUUACCUCAGCCUUGUCCUGGCAGAUCUGGCACAAAGAAGAGGGACCAUUCAGGAAAUCCAGACUCGUCAGGAAAACAAAAUUAUUACUGGAUUUGUUCCCCUAGCAGAAAUUAUGGGUUACUCAACUGUGCUUCGAACGCUAACAUCAGGCUCAGCUACUUUUGCCUUAGAACUAUCUAAUUAUGAAGCCAUGAAUCCUCAAGACCAAACUGUACUGCUCAGCCGGCGAAGUGGCUUGACCCAAGUACUUUGAGACUCCGGAGCCCCUAUCAGCUGCAGUUUCAUGCUGCAGCUGGAACUUCCUGUACUAUGUUGAAUGGAAGUGGUGAGAGUGGACACCCUGUCUUGUUCCUGAUCUUAGAGGAAAAUCCUGACAAGUGUGCAAAUUUAAGAAUGCUUAUUCUACAGUACUGUUUAUGAUAAAUUAACCUGGAUGUUCGUCAGCAUGAGAAUGGUUAAACUCACAUCAUGGUAUAAAAAACGGAAUAUUCAACGGUUUAAAAA